AUCGGUGGACCAGGCUCGUUCUGACCUGCCUACCUCCCUCCUUCUCCGCCUCACCCCGGCUGCUCAGACCAUGGAUCUCGGCAGCAGCAGCGACUCAGCUCCCGACUGCUGGGAUCAGGUGGACAUGGAAGCCCCGGGUUCGCCUCCGAGUGGGGAUGGAAUCGCCUCUGCGGCCACGACAGUGGCCGAGGCAGCGGAAGCGGAGGCCCAGCGCCAGCAUCUCAGCAUGGCCUUCAGCAGUCAGCUCAACAUCAACGCCAAACCUUUCGUGCCUAGCGCAAGAGCCGCGGAGUUCGUGCCCAGCUUCCUGCCGCGAUCGGCCCAGCUGCCCGCCCCCACAGCCUCCAGCAGCUACGAAACCUGCACCAGCGCCGCAGACCCUCAAGGUAAAAGGCUGGGAUGGGGAGCACCUGUGGAACCUCCCAAAGAUGGACCUUUCGUGUCGUGGGAAGGUUCCAGUUCGGUUGUAAGCAUGGAACUUUCAGAACCUGUUGUAGAAAAUGGAGAGGUGGAGAUGGCCCUGGAAGAAUCGUGGGAGCUUAAAGAACUAAGUGAAGCAAAGCCCGAGGGUUCUUUGGGAGAUGCAGGGCCCCCAGAAGAAAGUGGCAAGGAAAUGGUGGAGGAGAAAGAGGAAAUGAGGAAGUCAAAAUCUGUGGUCAUACCAUCAGGUGCUCCUAAGAAAGAACACGUAAAUGUGGUGUUCAUUGGACAUGUAGAUGCUGGCAAGUCAACCAUUGGAGGGCAAAUAAUGUUUUUGACUGGAAUGGUUGACCGAAGGACACUGGAGAAAUACGAAAGAGAAGCUAAGGAGAAGAACAGAGAGACUUGGUAUCUGUCCUGGGCCUUAGACACCAAUCAGGAGGAACGAGACAAGGGUAAGACAGUGGAAGUGGGGCGUGCAUAUUUUGAAACAGAAAAGAAACAUUUCACAAUUUUAGAUGCCCCUGGCCACAAGAGUUUUGUCCCGAAUAUGAUUGGUGGUGCUUCUCAAGCUGACUUGGCUGUGCUGGUCAUCUCUGCCAGGAAAGGAGAAUUUGAAACUGGAUUUGAGAAAGGUGGACAGACCAGAGAGCAUGCGAUGCUGGCAAAAACAGCAGGGGUCAAAUACCUAAUCGUGCUUAUUAAUAAGAUGGAUGACCCCACGGUAGACUGGAGCAGUGAGCGAUAUGAAGAAUGCAAAGAAAAACUGGUGCCCUUUUUGAAAAAAGUUGGCUUCAGCCCUAAAAAGGACAUUCACUUUAUGCCCUGCUCAGGACUGACAGGAGCAAAUAUUAAAGAGCAGUCAGCUUUCUGCCCUUGGUACACUGGCUUACCAUUUAUUCCAUAUUUGGAUAGUUUGCCAAACUUCAACAGAUCGGUUGAUGGGCCAAUCAGGUUGCCAAUUGUGGAUAAGUACAAGGAUAUGGGCACUGUGGUCCUGGGAAAGCUGGAGUCAGGAUCCAUUUUUAAAGGGCAGCAGCUCGUGAUGAUGCCAAACAAGCACAAUGUGGAAGUUCUAGGAAUAGUCUCUGAUGAUGCUGAAACUGAUUUUGUAGCCCCGGGGGAAAACAUCAAAAUCAGACUGAAAGGAAUCGAAGAAGAGGAGAUUCUUCCAGGCUUCAUCCUUUGUGAACCCAGUAAUCUUUGCCACUCUGGGCGCACCUUUGAUGUUCAGAUUGUGAUUAUUGAGCACAAAUUCAUCAUCUGCCCUGGUUACAACGCUGUGCUGCACAUUCACACUUGUAUCGAGGAGGUCGAGAUAACAGCCUUAAUCUCCUUGAUAGACAAGAAGUCAGGAGAAAAAAGUAAGACCCGGCCCCGCUUUGUGAAACAAGAUCAAGUGUGCAUUGUCCGACUAAGGACAGCAGGAACUAUCUGCCUGGAGACAUUUAAAGAUUUUCCUCAGAUGGGUCGUUUUACUCUGAGAGAUGAGGGUAAGACAAUCGCAAUUGGCAAAGUUCUGAAACUGGUCCCAGAGAAGGACUAAGCGAUUUCAUUGAUGCCUCUGCACCC